GUCUGAGACAACACCUCAUUUUCCCUUAAAAAGCAGUCUAUUUGAGUAUUACUUAUUAUUCUUCUGACAGUCCCAAUCAAUUAUCUAUUCUUCGUUGCCUUCAUAUUACCCUCUUUUAUCGACAGACCUGUGGCUUUCAAGAUAACUGCGUUCUCCUCUCAAACCUCCUUGGACUUCGACAUUGCAAGUAUUGUGGGGGAUACAUAAGGCAAGAUCAUGAUAUCGAGUAUGAAAGCAAUGUCAUGAUGACUUGAGUAUAUUCGCGUCUGAUACUCUUCGAAGUUAUCAGAAUGUUUAUGGAUAGCUUUUACAUUGGAAACUAUAUCAUCUGAUAUUGCUGUCCGAACUAUGAUUCUCAAGUUAACCUACAAAGAUUAAAGCUCAGCCAGACAUAACUUGAUUGAUUCACUCAGGUUCACUUUUGGCCCAAUCAUCCCAAUAAAUCUUUUGCGCCUCUCGCAUUUGGCCACUCCUGGUAUAAAUAUCAAUUCACCUUUUUGAAGCCGCGUCAAAUUCAAUACGUGAGUUUUUCAUCUUCACGACACCCGAGUCGCGUCAAGUCUACCGGUUUGCUGCAUCAAAGCCUCUGACAUGUAUUUUCAGCAAAUUUGAUACAAGCAAUCGCUCUACCAACCAACGACACGUCUACCUCCAUCUAUUCUCAGCAUGAACAACCCUGGCCAGUUACCCCAUGGACCUUGUAUAGGUUGCAGCACAGUGACAGAUCGACUUGUGGCAUCAGAUAGGAUCUUCCACAUUAUCCACAACCAAAAGUUGCGCGAUAAAGAACAGAAGUUGCGCGAAAGCGAGAAGAAGGUCCGCGAGUUAGAAGCCCAAGUCGAAGCCUUGAUGAAAGAAGCAAACCUCAUGAAGCCCUUCCUCAAAAUAGGUGCCCAGAUACGAACUCAUAAAGUGUCAACGGAAAAGAUGAAGAUGGAUUCGAUGCCACAGAUCAAGAUCGCAGGAUCUGGGGAGGAACUACUUAACAUUGGCAACGCCAUCGCUGAUGCGCUUCUAUACCAAGAUAUUGCUGGGAAGUACAAGCGGACCGAUGUCGAAGUUUAUAAACGCAUGUACGCUGGUUUUCAUCCCGAUUUCGUUCUCGCCAGCAAGCACUGCACUCGUUUCCUCGACAUACUUAGUUGGCGUCGUACUAUGGCUUUCUUUUACGAACAGACGUACUAUGAAAAAGAAAAGUUUCAAUACACGAUCUUUGCGCGCCAGAGCCUGAAGAUGAAGGACAAGCUGAAGAGAUGGUCUGGAGAGGAGUUUGAAAGAUACUUCAGAUCUGACGAAGAUGGAGAAAGCGCAUACCAAGACAUGAAAGACGAAUACGAGCUUGAGUUGGAGAAGUAUCGCGAUUUUGUUAGGGGGAAUGGAAAGAAAGGUCUCGGAGGAUUUGUCGCGAAGCUUUGGUCAAAGUGAGGUAAUCUGGGGAAAUCGAUGGGGUCUGGGGGACAUGGAAAUAGACAUAGAGCUAGAAAAGAAGCGAUCUGAGACGAAAACUGUAUCAAAUCAUUGGGUAAUGAGUAACAAGCAUAGUGGCGGAACUUGAGAGGAGGUUAUGUAUUCCUUGAACGAAAAUGAAAAGCUUGUCGCCUUUUUGUCAUGUAGUAUGUCAACUGACUGACAAAUAAGAAUCUGUUGACUCUCGAAAUGAGAUUGUGGUGGCCAAAUCUCUGGGCGAUAUUGACCUCAUCGCUUGGUCAGAGGGCUAGAAGGAAAUUCAACAUCUACCACCACUCUUAGACA